AUGGUUCUCGAAGGUCGAGCUUAUGCCGAGGAAUCAGGAGACAGAACCAAGUACAAGAAUAUGAUGAGGUUUAGAACUCUCUCUCUCUGUGUUUCUUUGCUUUUCUUCUUCCAUUUGGUGUUUUUUGUCCAUGGGAAAGCGGAUACCAAUCAAGUGCUGGUGGGCAAUGGAAAUUCUGCUCAUAUGGGACGAGCUGAUCAUGAGUGUAGUGGGAAGGAGAGGAGAGAGUGCAAGAAAUUAGGAGUUGAAGGGUCAGAAGAGACUCUUUACGAGAAUGAGGACUACAUUUACACUCAAUCUAAUCCUUAG